AUGGAUAGGUCAUGGUUAAAAGCUGAUAGAAGAACAAGAGAGUUUGAGAAUGGAGUGGACGAUUUACUUAUGUUUGCCUUUGAGAAUGGAUAUAACGAAGACAAAAUAAGUUGUCCAUGCUUAAAGUGCGCACAUAGCAAAUCUUGGAAAGCUCGGAUUGUUAAAAACCAUCUGUUUCAAAAUGGUAUUGAUGAAACGUAUACUCGCUGGAUAUGGCACGGGGAGCCAAAUAUUGUAGAAAUUCCUGUAUUGGAUGAAAGUGACAACUCGGUAUCUUCUAAUUACCAAUUCUGCACAAGAAUGGGUGAAGCUGACGAUGAUGAUGUUCUUUCUUCAGAUUCUUCAGAUUUCAUCAACCAUGUGAAAGGUGAGCAUGAACCUCUUUAUCCUGGUUGUGAGAAUUACACUAAGAUGAAAGCUUUGGUUAAGUUAUUCAACUUGAAAGUGAAGCAUGGUAUGUCUGAUUCAUGUUUUUCUGAUGUUCUAUUAUUGAUUGGGUCUUUGCUACCAGAAGGCAACAAUGUCCCUUCUUCUUUCAAUGAAGCGAAGAAAACCUUAUGUGCAUUAGGAAUGGGUUAUGAUAAGAUACACGCAUGCCCGAAUAAUUGUCUACUAUAUCGUGGGCCACAAGAUGAAGAUGAGACUACUUGUCGCAUAUGUAAGGCCUCUAGAUGGAAACUGAAUAAGAAAGGAGAAGAACAAGAAGGAGUCCCUGCUAAGGUCUUAUGGUAUUUCCCCUUGAUACCAAGAAUAAGAAAUUUGUUCAAUACACCAGCGAUUGCGAAGGACAUGACUUGGCAUGAGACCGAACGACAACAAGAUGGUAAAAUGAGGCAUCCAGCAGACUCGCAAACAUGGAAGGAUGUCGAUCAAAAGUGGCCUGAUUUUGCAUCGGAGAGUAGAAACCUCCGGUUAGCUUUAUCCGCCGACGGUUUCAAUCCUUUUCGUGGAAACCGUACUGAUCACUCAAGUUGGCCAGUUUUGCUAUCGGUUUACAACCUUCCACCUUGGCUCUGUAUGAAAAGAAGGUACAUUAUGCUUUGCUUGUUAAUAUCAGGACCGACCGAGGCUGGAAAUGAUAUAGAUGUGUUCCUUCAACCACUUAUUGAAGAUCUGCAGGAGUUGUGGCGCGGGAAACAAGUGUACGACGCAUAUAGACAAGAGUCUUUCGUACUUAGGGGCAUAUUAUUAUGGACAAUAAGUGACUAUCCGGCCUUGGGGAACUUGUCGGGACAUGUAGUUAAAGGAUAUAAUGCUUGUAUUGUUUGUGUUGAUAAAACAGAGGCUACUAGGCUGGUUCACUAUCGGAAGACGGUAGUUAUGAGGCAUAGGAGGUGGUUGCCUCGUCAUCAUCCGUAUAGAAAGCAAAAGGCAGCUUUUGAUAAUAGCGUUGAGACAGGUGCUGGUCCUAUUCCAUUAACUGGUGAGCAGGUUUUUGAAAGAGUACAACAUCUAAGGGACCAUGUCUUUGGUAAGACACAACGCCAACAUAAACGGAAGAAAGGUGAUGCUAGACCAGUUUGGAAGAAGUUAUCUAUCUUCUUUCAACUUGAGUAUUGGAAAUUUUUGCCAGUUAGGCAUGUUCUCGAUGUGAUGCACAUCGAGAAAAAUAUAUGUGAGGCUUUACUUGGAACUUUGCUAAAUAUUCCCGGAAAGACAAAAGAUAGGGAGUCAGUCCGUCUCGAUAUGGCAGAAAUGGGAAUAAGAAUGGAGCUAAGGCCAAAAACUCCCGGAAAGAAAGAGAAGGUACCUUUGGCUGCAUGGAACUUAUCAAAUGCUGAAAAGAAGGUAGUUUGCUCAUCAUUUCUUCAAAUGAAGUUACCGGAUGGAUUUUGUUCAAAUAUCAAGAAUCUUGUAAAUAUGGAAAAACUUCGGCUUGUUGGAAUGAAAUCUCAUGAUUGCCACACAAUAUUGCAUCAUUUGCUUCCAAUUGCGAUUCGGUCGGUACUGCACAAAAAAGUCAGGUGCACAAUAAUAAGGUUUUGCCUUUUCUUCAAGGCAAUUUGCAGCAAAGUCAUUGAUGUAGAUAAAUUGGAAAAUAUGCAAUCUCAGUUGGUGGAAACAUUAUGCCAGCUGGAAAAACACUUUCCCCCUUCGUUCUUCGAUGUCAUGAUCCAUCUCUCAAUUCAUCUUGUGAGAGAGGUUAAGCUUUGCGGGCCAAUCUUUCUACGUUGGAUGUAUCCUUUUGAGAGAUAUAUGAAGGCGUUUAAAGGAUAUGUUCGAAAUGCUGCUUAUCCCGAAGGUUGUAUUGCCGGGGCAUAUGUUGCCGAAGAGGCCGUUCAACGUUUGGUCAAUUUUGAAGAAGCUACCAUAGGUUUGCCAAAAAAUGAUAGGCAUGAGCAAAAUGCAAUAAGCAAACCUUUAUCUGGUGCGACAAUGAUCAAGCCAAGCAAAGAGGAAUUGCAUCUAGCACACUUAUGUGUUCUGCAAAAUAGCAAUCACAUGAGGCAAUAUUUUGAGUAA